AUGUCUGAGUCCUCUGCAGGACUCAUCUCUAAGCUCAUGGUCAAAGGAUCUUCCCAUGCCAACUUACCUCUCAUGAAAGACUUUUUGCACCCCUCUCCUGGGGAAGAAAAGCAGAAACACAAGAAGUUCCUGGUGCAGAGUCCCAGUUCAUAUCAUGAAUGUAAAGUACCUGGGUACUAUAAAUUUUUUACUGUCUUCAGCCACACACAAACAGUGGUUCUCUGCGUUGGAUGCUCCAUUAUACUCUGUCAGCCCCCUGGAGGAAAGUUAAGACUUACAGACAGAUACUCCUUCAGACAGAAGCAGCACUAA